AUGGCCGUCCCACUCGCUUCGAUCGGCGGAAUACCGGCCGAUGAUAUCCACUCCCGCGCCUGCUUGGGAUUGCUGCCGGAGCAUAUCCUCCGUGAAGUGGCAUUUUACUCGGACGAGAAGACAUUAUGGCGGAUGAUGGCGGUAUGCAGAGGGAUACGGGAGGCUGUUGAGUCGGAGCUACGCCCCUAUCUGGCGGAGAAAGAGGUGAUCUGCACGCCGCUGCUGGUUCCGGACAAAUCAUAUAAGACCGAGGAUCCCACCGAUUUCCACCCGAACAUCGCCGAGUACCGUCGGAACCGCCUUCGUGUCUUGCGCCACUAUGGUGACCGCUUCGACGCGCACCUUCUAGCCUAUGCACCUGCCACUACUCACCUACGUCGGCUCAUCGUCGAGACCGGAGUGGAUGAUCAACAAGUCGGCUGGGACCUGGCAAUACGGUUCGCCCCGCAACUUUCGGCUCUGGAAGUGCAUGUUUGGGACACCGUUCGCAAUGCCCACCUGCCGCUUGAGGUCUGGCCAGAGAUCUCCUUCCCACACCUCACCAACCUCGUCAUCGCUACAUGCCAGCGUCCGAUGGGUCAUCUCCGACACUUUCUCACCCGCGCGUCGGUUCCCCUACUCCGGCAUCUCACUAUCAGCUCGCCGACAAACCAGCCAACUGACGGCGCCCUCAUCACAUUCGAAGUAGAAGAGAUGCCGCCUUUAGAACACAUUUUCGCGACAGGAUCUAUCGAUUACAUGCCUGAGCUCCUGGCGGAUCUCAAUCUCUACCCAUCCAUUCGCUACGUCGCUGUACGGGAGGAAUCGGGGUUGGUCAAAGAGUUCACCCUGGAGUGGCUCGGGAACUCUCUCGGACUAUGUGACGGUCUGAAAGGACUCGCUCUGCUUGGCUUCUCGGCUGCCGACAUCUUGGAAGUCGCUCUAGAAGCUGGGCAAACAAGCGAGGACGAGGAGUUCUCGUACCUCUGGGCGAAUUUGGAGAUGCUGGUCCUUGAGGAAGAGCUCGAUGGCGCAGGGAUCAGUGAGCCGUCCGAGGCUGAUAAAAUGUUGAAAAUGCUAGCAGAUGCGAAUCCUCACCAUGAUUGGAUCUUCGACUCGCUGAGGCAGAUCGUGAUUGUCGGACGGGUCGGCCCAGACGGCCCUCCUGAGGUCUACCACCUCCCCACCCUCUUCGACCUCUGCAGGUCUCUCGAGUAUGUCGUCUGGAUCGCCACAUGUCCGGACGACCCUUUCUCGUUUGAUCCCACGGCGGUCGACGAUCCGACAGUCCUUUGCUGCGUCCGUCGACCUACGAAGUCUUGCCCGCUACCAGCCCAUCUUCGGGCUGACCGUAGUCGCAUAGUUGAGGAAGAUGAGGAGUCGUGGGACGGACGGCCGUGGUAG